AACUCGAACUUCAAAUGUCUUCAAAUGCUGAAAUUUUAUCAGCUUUCUUUCAGUGCAGUGCUGGGUGCUGAGUCUACCUGGUCGGAACACUGAAUGGUGGCUGUCUCGGUGCUGCAGCGGAGCAACUACCGCCACUCUUUACCAUAAUAAAAUCAGCAGUUGAACCUUGGCUUCCUUGCCAGCAGUAUUGCAGUGGUUUGGUAGCAGUCGGAGCGUGGCUAAUAAAAUCGAUGACUUGCUGGCGCAUGGCGGACGGAGGCGAGCAGCAGUCACCCUAGCCAUGUGAAGCGCUCAGCUGGAACAGGAUACCUAAGGGAUGGCGCAGCAGCAGCCCAACGGUGGUCGGAGACGGCCACAGCAAGCCCAAUGCAUCGGCUCUAACGCUGCGCCGGAUAGGCGUGCACGGUCUGCGUGUCCCACUGCCACCACCAGGAGCACCAGCACUGUACCUACGCGGCAGCCAGCCAAUCGGCCCGCCGACCGUCACGCACACCUGAUCUGCGUCGCUUCACGGAGCAACGGAGAACGCCAGCUUGAGCGGCUGUAUCGGCCUGGGCAAUCAUCAUCACCAGCCAUUGUCAGGUCUGGCCAGAACUCCGGGGUAGCCGCCGAGGCAACUGAACAGCACGAAACCGUAUCAGCAUCGGCAGCUCAUGCGCACAGCGAUUACCCUACCUGGGAUGAUUUAGCGGAGGUGAAGUCGACCAAUUACAGCCAGGCGUGGAAUUUUGACCGGCGGCUCCGUGAAGUCGAGACCCGUCUUCAGAAGAUUGAGGCGCGUGAUCACCACCAUGCUGAACCCGAUGACGUGUUGCAACCGCCAAGCCUGCCAGGCUUCAGUGGUUACGGGUCAGCAGCCUCUCGGUCUUCAGCAUCCACGCCGUCCGGACAAGAUGACCUCUCCUGUUCGCUACAGCCCCGCCACUACACAGAACCAGUUCGGCCAGAUGGGACUCGUGGUCCUCCGCCAAGCAUACCUGCCCCGCUACAUCUGUCACAUUUGGCAUCAUCAUCGGACAAUGCACAGCGAUCAAUAUCACCAGGUGAAUCACUGCGCCCAUCCGCACCACCACCAACAGCCAGCCACACUAGUUCCGAGGCACGUACCGCAUUGCCAUUAGUAGAUUCGCCGGUGACGAAUCCAAUGUCUUCGGUGUUCAGGGGUCGCAAGAGACACGGUCAAACUGAAAGAAUGUCCCCAGCGGAACGCGCUCGCCGUGGAAACACCACCCGUCCGCCGUGGGCAGAUGAUAGUGCCUCUGCGAGCAGUCCAACGCCGCAAGGAACACCUGUCCCCAAUGCUGAUCUUGACAGAGCCAGGGAUCCAAGGUCGUCCAUAUGCAGUAGCUCAUCAGCAGAGUCGCCUGUGGUGGACUUGCACAGUCGGCACGGCGACCAAGCCCGUGCACCACAAUACGAGCACGCACAGGAGGUAGCGCUUGACUCCCACCCUGUAGCGUACGAGGUGGAUUGGGACGCACUCUCUAGUGGACGCAGCCGGGUGCAACUGGGCCCACUCCAUCCCACUGGCGUGCACACCUGCAGUGUGGAUCUGUUCGUGGACAGCGCGACCGGCGAUCCCAACCUGAGCGUUUGCGUCAUUGCCAAUGCGGAAAGCUCCUCUGGUGGUGGCGGCCAUGGUGGUAAUCAUGGCAACUGGAUAGGCCGAGCACAGGUAACCGUCAAACUGUGCCACCCGGAAGCCUCCGACCGUAUUCUUCCAGUCUCGUUUUCAGUGAAAGUCAACGAGGGUAUGGAGGCACGCACGCACCAACAGCUACCACACUGUAUUGCAGAUACCCACACUGUGCUUUCAGGUGGCUUCGUGAAUAACGGCACUCUGCUUGUGGAAGUACAAAUUGAGGUUUAGCGGCGGUAAUCAUCGUUUACGGCACAUGUACGCAUCAUCAGGCAAGCCCGAAAACGCUUGUUUUUUGCACCAGAAGCCGCACAUCUGGGAUACAAUCAAUGUGUGGCCACCCUAGCCGUGAAACACCCCGUUGAGAUGGCCUAUAGCCCGCACAUCAGGGAUACAAUCAAUGUGUGGCCACCCUAGCCGUGAAACACCCCGUUAAGAUGGCCUAUAGCCCGCACAUCAGGGAUACAAUCAAUGUGUGGCCACCCUAGCCGUGAAACACCCCGUUAAGAUGGCCUAUAGCCCGCAGAUCAGGGAUACAAUCAAUGUGUGGCCACCCUAGCCGUGGAACACCCCGUUAAGAUGGCCUAUAGCCCUAUGUUCGUGUUCAGCUAGGUGAUACAUUCACUCGUCUACUGUAGAGCGCUGCCGUACCGGGUAAUAUCGACACAAACCUGAAAAUACUCCCCUGGAACAUUGCGUUUUGAGCCUGACUCGAGCUGGUCUCAAGCAGGUAGUGAAAGCCAACUGCCCCGUUUCAUGUUCCGGAGCUUGACGAAUCUUAUAGCCGUGAACGUUAUUUUCCGGCCGCGCUGUUGAGACCUUCAGUUACUUUCAUAACUAUUCCUCUGACCCACCCUCAAAUUCCCCCUUCCGAUUCAUUUUUGCCCUUACUUUGACCACAUCGAACCGUGAAUUGUUUUGACCAUAUAUGGCACAUACUCCAGCAAACCUUUAUCUACUGGUCCUUCCUGCUGGCCCCAGUGCAUUUAAUGAUUUUUGAGCACUCGCUUUUUAAUUAAAAGACAAUUAUUUAGUUUCCCUUUGGGCCAUGCUAACCUUGCACCUCUAACACAUUACAUCAUACUCUAUACAAAGUUUAGCACCGCCGGUCCAGAAAUUGUAUUACGUGAAGAUAGAAUAGAGAGCCUGCAGUAUAUUUUUGAAAGUAUAUUAUUUUUGAUGCAUUGAAGCCUCCUCUAACCUUUCUUCUUUUCCUGUGGACGCUUCGUCACUGUGUGAACACUAUAUUGUGUACUGUAUUGUAUGGAGGAUUGGCCACAGGUGCUGAGCCUCGGCAUUCUAUUCUCUUUGGUUGAAUGUAAUUUCCCAGCCAAGAAGUACAUGUACAUGUAUUUGUACUGACGUGCCCCCGAAAGUCUGCCUUCUAGGCAGUAACGUUA